UUGAAAAAAUUGAGAAUAAAAAGAAAAAAAAAAACUCUUUGUUUUCAAUAUUGCCCUAAAUUGAAACUGUUAAAAGGGAAAUUCCGAUUCAUAAAACAUUCCCUUCCCACACAAGCAAAGGCGCUGCAAAAUCACCAUCAUUUCACCCAGAAUCUGGUGGGUUUUCAAUCCAAUUCCGGCGGGAGAGAGGAAUUGGUUCCAUCCCCGGUUCGGGGUAACAACUCGAUGAUAACUCGUUCAAAACUCGUGGAGCAACUUAGAGAUUAUCAGAUCCGAUCCCAGCACCGGUGCCCUGCUCUCGUUGUCUUCUCUCCAAAACCGGUUCUCUCCACCUGGUUGGAGUUAGAGCUAGACUCUAGAGCACCUAUUUUUAGCUUCACUGCUGAAACUAAGACUGAUGUUGCAGUUGCUAUAUUCUGGGCGUUGAGCUUUAUUCUGCUUCUGAGUUCAUCAUAUGUUGUCCUCUACUUAACACACUACUGGAUUUCUUUAGCUUUCAUGUGCAUUGGCAUCCUUGUCCCAAUUCGUCUGAGAGUUGCAAGGCAAUCACUUGCCAGAAAAAGAGAUAGACGGUUGUUACUUCCUUUAUCUAUGUGAGUGCUGUCAAAUAGAUUAGGCAUAUAAAAGUUUUGCUGUAAGUUGCAAAUUUGAGUUGAUAAGCUUAUGUAAGAACUGGAGUAUUGAGAAUUUGCUGAGCAACACACUCGUUGGUUAGAAAAAUGAGAACUAUUUUGAGUAAAGGUUGAAGGUGCGAUACCCUUAUUUCAAGUUUUGCAGCUAUGUACUUGUAAAUGUAUUUGUUGAGAAAGGCGUGAAAGAUUUUGGCGUUAGGAUCUCAGUCGCUAGAUGGUUUCUAUAAUAUAUUAAUAGUUCAGGCUUUAGUGCUAAAUUAGAAUUUUAAUCUGUGCUUAGCGUUAAAGUGUAAGUCCAGUACUUAUAUGUCUACCUAGAAUACAGUAA